AACUCAAACCGGAAGAGGUAGAUAUCCAAGAUGGCGCUGUUAGUGGCACCUCACCUGGCCUUGUUUGGCUCUUUGUCAACAAGGUCCAUUUCGGUGUUUGCCAUUCAGCUUAGGAGUUUGCACAAAAGUGCUAAAAGUGAUCAUACGAGCGCGAGUUUGGUGCCCGUCAGAGAAAAGAGCACAGCAGUGGCAGCAGCCAAACCAGCAGCCGUGGCCAGCAGCAGAGGGGAAUAUAUCGUGGCAAAGCUGGAUGACCUGUUGAACUGGGGACGCAGUUCGUCUUUGUGGCCUAUGACCUUCGGCUUGGCGUGCUGUGCAGUGGAGAUGAUGCACAUGACUGCUUCUCGCUAUGACAUGGACCGCUUCGGAAUCGUGUUCAGAGCAAGUCCUCGGCAGGCGGAUGUCAUGAUCGUAGCAGGAACGCUGACCAAUAAAAUGGCACCAGCCCUGCGGAGGGUGUAUGACCAGAUGACGGAGCCCAAAUAUGUCAUUUCCAUGGGAAGUUGCGCUAAUGGAGGAGGUUACUACCACUACUCCUACUCUGUGGUCAGAGGCUGCGACCGGAUCGUCCCAGUGGAUAUUUAUGUUCCAGGUUGUCCUCCCACUGCAGAGGCUCUCCUCUACGGGACUUUGCAGCUGAGGAAGAAAAUCAAGAAUGAGAAAAGGCUGAAGAUCUGGUACAGGAAGUAAAUGUGUGGCGCUUGUAUCCCUGUACCUGGUUUGUAAAUGGUGUAUUUUUGCUUGCAUUUGGAGCGAUGCUCCUCUUCAAUAAAUUAAUUAAUGUAGUUUAUAAACAACACUCAAAUCGUUUUUUGUAAUAAA